AAUUCACCGCUGCAACUCUUCCUCGCCAUCUCCGAACAAAUCUUCCUGCUAGGUCCUUCUUCUCCGGAGAAAUUUGUAGUAGCUGUAAAUCUCUUUUCAUAAAAACUCCAGGAUUUCUUUUGUUCUAAUUGUACCAGACUAUAUCUCCUUGCUAGUGAUGACCAAAAGAAAUUUGAGAAGCAUAAAUCUCACCGGUGAUUAUAACCCCUAUUGAAAGUCGCACAGUACUCUUCAUAAACAUGAUCUGAACACGACAAAAGCUCUGAAUCAACAUCAUCUCGAUCCUUCACCCAAGGAUAACCUAAGCUCGAUAAUUCAUCUUUUGACCGAGCAAGGAAUUACACUCGCUUGAGAGAGGGAGCAAGCAACCGUUGAAAUAGAGACAUCUCAUCUUUCGGCUUAAUCUUUUAGAACAUAGCAAAUGAGAAUAAGAUAACAUACAUAGAAUUAAAAGAGAAAAGAGUCCGAUAAACCGGGAUUUACAAUCGAAGCCGAAGAUAGAUCCGAGCUGAAUCACAAGAGCAAAAUACAAAAGGGGUGGCGACCGACAGAGUAAGAACCACCGGCCGCUGAAACUCUAUAUGGAUCUAGAAAUUUCUCGAGAGAAGAUGAAACGCUAUUAAAGAUAUUUCUUACGCAUGUCAAUCUAAGUAGCUGGUUUAAUACGUUAUAAAACGACAUUGUAUAAUGUCAAUGGCAUUCUAUUGUAAUUUUUUAGGAAAAAUCAGGGUCAAGUACUAAAAGUACUAAAUGUACUCCGGUUUUAAUAGUUUAUAUAAGAUUUCCACUUUUGAUUUACACAAUCAAACACAUGUUGUUGGAGGCACACUUUCUCUAUGUUGAUUGUCUCUUAUACCCCCAAUUUUGUUUCUCUUCAACAUUCUUUCUUUCGUAACUAAACUUUUCCUAACUAAAACAACAAUCUGUCCAAUCACAUCUCAUCCCUUAUCUCUCAUAUUUUGAGACAAAAAAAUUUGAAAUCACUUUCUUAGUUUCUCAAACCCUGAUUACGAUGACCCCCUUUCAUCCUCUAUCCCUGAACCUCGUUCAGUUUCGAGAAACCAUGGUGAAAUCGAUGUCGAAGAAGAAAGAGAGCCUCCAUAGUCAACCUUCUUCACCGCAGAUCGACAUUGAAGAUGACGAGCAGAUCCGAGAGCUCCGGUGUGGAGAGGACGACGCGACGGCGAGCAAGUCCGAGCUCCGUUGUGGAGAGGAUGACAGGAUGGCCAGCAGAUCCAAGCUCCGGUGUGGAGAUGACGCGGAGACGAGCAGGUCCGACCUUCGUUGUGGAAAAGAAGAUGACAAGCUCUCGUGGUGUGAAGAUGAAUUUUUGGGCCAAACUUGACAUGACCACAACAAAGAAUCUAUGGAUGAUGCAGCAAGAUAUUUUGACUACAUGACCGCAUCAAGAGUCUAUGAUGUGGUCCACAACAACAAUGUCCUAAACAUCAAUCUUGUUCCCACCCAUUAAGAGUCCAUGGAUGAUGCAGCUCAACACCUCCUAUCCAGACUCCAAAACGUGGUGUAUCUACUUUCACUUGGUCUUGUAUUUCAUAACUAUGUCAACAUAUGUAAUUACUAUAGACCAAACUUGGUGAAAGUAUAGAUGUUAAUGUUUUAGUGUCAGUGUCCAACUUUGAUAUACAUGUCCACAUAUAGUUUAUAACUUUAUUAUCUAAA